CCUUCGUCUCUUAUAAGCUUUGACAGUACCUACUUUUUUUUUUUUCCUAAGGAUUUCGGACACCAACAUCCCUCGCUGCUCGUAUCUUGCCAGCACGCUACCACGUAUUUACCAAUAUUGCUCGUCGUCCACGAUCAAAAAAAAAAGAGAACGAGGAAAGAAAAGGACUCUCGAACGCCACCAUGAGCCGCGACGAGGAGUUAUCAGAAGCCGCUCGGUCUUAUCUCCAUCCCUUGAAGGCAUGGUUAAACCAUGCCGACGAACGGAAGACCCUUGAGGGAGAGUUGGAGAAGAAAUACAUGGAGUUGCUUAAGGAGUACGACAAGAAAUGUGCCGAGUGCGAAUAUCAAAAGCAUCUCACCAAGGUCUUGGGAGAGCAACAUCGUAAGGCAGACCAGGAGCUGAAUAGACUUAGAGCUGAUACCGAAUCCGCGCCCUUUGCCUUUGUCGUUAUCGACGGCGAUGGAGCCAUAUUCCGCGAAGACCUGAUCGCCCUGGGGGAAGAGGGCGGCGGACAAGCCGCUCAUGAGCUGCAUAAACAACUAAAGGCCUACUUUCAUGAUAGCUCGUCCUUCUCGAACAUUGACAACAUUUUCGUACACGUCGUCCUUAAUAUGAAGGACCUAUCCCGCACCCUCCAUGAUUCCGGUGUUCUUCUCCCUGUUAACGACCAUGCAGCCUUGACCAAGUUUGCUCGCGGUUUCUGCCGCGCCCAGCCCCUCUUCACCUUUACCGACGUCGGUCACGGCAAGGAGCAGGCCGACCAUAAAGUGCGCAAACUCUUUGAAGUCAUGGAGAGAAACAUACAGUGUAAACGUCUUGUUUUGGCCGGCUGUCACGAUAACGGCUACGCUACCUUCCUCGAAUCCUUCCGCGGCAACGAAAAGAUUUGCCUCCUGAAGACCACUCCCCCCGCUGCCGAUUUCAGAAAGCUUUCCUUCAGUUGGAUUAGCUGCCCCUCGGUCUUUCGAUCGGACCCCUUGCCGUCCAAGCGUCCGGAACCUGUUGAAGCUCUGGCUGCUCCGCCGCAUGAUCCGAUAAUACCAACAACCUUCAACCCUUCCGGCGACGGGACGAACAACCCACCUAUUAGAGCUAGUCCCUCGGCAACCGAGUCCCCUAGACCAGCAGCAUCUUCCCCGCAGGCUGCGGAGAGCAGGCCCGGGCCCCGGCAGCAGACCAGCUAUGCUACCGUGGGGCAAACCGCGGCGGCUCCGGUGAUCAAUAUCGCGAGUCAAAGGAGACCAGCGUCCCCGCGUCCGUACUACCAGCUCAAUAAGAACGACGAGCGCGUGGAUGUCCCCUUGGCCCGCCCGGACCCCCAGGUGGUUCAGGCGCUCGAGAACCGAAAGAAUAUAAACGGCGGUAUCAACCUUUGCAACCGCUAUCACUUAAUCGGCCAUUGCGAUAUUCCCAAUUGCCGCCACUACCACGGAGAGCGCCUGAACGCCGCCGGAAUGCUCGCACUCCGGCAUAAAGUGCGCAAGACGCGCUGUAACUCUGGUCUGCGGUGCCGUGACGUCUCCUGCAUUUACGGCCACCAUUGCACGAACCCGGGGUCGUGCCGCUAUGAUAUCGACUGCCGUUUCUUUGAGACCCACGGCAUGGAUAUUACUCCAACCAUUAAGGUCUAUGAGGAUGGGAAACGCGAAGUCAUCCCCUAGAUGCAGUUAUCAAAGUCGAGUACUGAACUGAGGGAACCCAAACCUGUCGUGCGCCGUUUUGCCUAUAAAAGUUGUCUAUCUGCUCAAAAGGGUCCAAAACUGGUAGCUAUAGGGACAAGAAACCGCACCCUUUGAAUAGUAACGAAGCCUAGAAGCUAUCGCUUUUAUAGGGAGGGCGAAAACGUGUAUCUAGACCCGGUAGUUCACUUUCUUUUUAGGUCGAGAUUGCUGACUUAGCAAGCCUUGGUCACGUGUUAAAGAAUCAAAUGGUUAAGAACGCGUACCCGC